ACAAGUGUAUGCCGCACCGGGUGACACAGUAGAGGUGCGCCUGCCGAGGGACGUAAUGGGACCAAAAAUGACUACCAGCGAGAGCACCUCGAGCCUCGAUUCAGUGGGAACAAUGGAUUCAUCAGUGAGCAGUUCCCGCAGGCAGGGACCUGCCCCACCCCCCAGGCGAAGCGUGUCCAAACUUCUCAGCUCGUUUCGGACACAAGGCCGACGGGAGGUUCCUGAGCAAGUGCAGAUUCCACCCAAAUUUGGUGCAGUUUCAAGAGUAUCAGAAGUCGCCGCUAAUCAGCCGAUUCACAGCGCGUCAAGAUCAUGGCCAACAGAACACGUGGUGGAAAGCAAGGCAAGCGGAAGUGACGUGAGACAGUCAUGGCACGCCGAGCCCGCUAUCAGUAGAAGAGAAGCGAAUUCUUCAACAGCUAGCGAUGAGCCUCCUGACAGAAAACUUUCUAAGACCUCUAGCAUGCGAUAUAAGUCUACAGUUGUGAUUACAAAUAUGCGCUCUUCGUCGUCCUCAUCAGUAGAUGAGAACAGUGGUCCAACACUAUACCGAUCUGGGCAAACCUCACCAGAAGCCGAUAAGACACAGUCGGACGCGCUUCAGCUGAAGAAAAAUGUAAGCGAGGCAGACUCGGCUCCUGUGAGAGCGUUUGGUGAUGCGGGCGGAUGGAUGUCACGUAAGCCAGAUUCUGAAGCAGAGAAGAGUCGGAUUGAAGACACGCAGAUCUUGCAAAGGCUUCUUAAGGAUAAAGCUAACAAUGUUGAUCGGUCGCUGAGUGUGAAAUCAAGAGUUGCGAACUUCGAAGGAGGAUUGAGUCGAAAGAUAUCUGCCGGCGUGCCUCAUCGCGAGUCACUGAGUUUACCGCAGCGUUCAUCCAGUCAAGGAAAAAUUGAAGUUAUCCCGAAGCCACUGAAAUCAACCCAAGUCAACCAGUAAGUGAUUUUCACUUUAAGACGAUUUUUUAAAUGGGCUAUGUCACACUAAAAGCUAAAACGUGUCUUCGAAUCAAUUUACAAUGGUCCAGUUUUGUUAUUUAAGACUGUAUUUAGGUAUUGAAUCUGUUUCCUGCCGUCUGUUACAAAGGAUGGCGGGGACGGUCGUGGAGUAAAACUUGAAAAAGUUGGGCCAUCCUUUUCAAGUUUUAAUGCUAUGCCUGCAAAACACGCCACAAAAUUAUAAUUGUUCAUGUUCCUUGUGGGUAAAGAUACUAAGUAUUGAUUUCAUCACAGAAUUGACCCAAAACAGUAUUGUAUUUUUAAGUAAGCACCUUAAUCAAACCAGAAUUAAGUAGUCAAAUUAACCAGCUGCAACUCGAAGCAAAUAAUGCCCGAGAAAAAAGAACUGGUUCUGCUGUAGUUUUGAUUGAGAUAUUAGCACGAGGUUGUUUAUCAGCCAAUCACAACGUGUAGUAAUGCAGAACACAGACGAGAAUUAUUUUACAUUGGUUUAUGAACCAAUCACCACAAAAGUAAAAAAUUCCCGCGCUUGACACCGGCUUGCACCGGCUGCAAUGUAUUUGCCUGAAAAUUUGAUUGGUUCGUUUGAUUUUCUCUGCCUGCUCUGAUUGGCCAGAAUUAUUGCUUUGCUUUCGGUUUUACGAAGUCGAUUGAAAACUGUUCUGUAAUUUCUUUAACGCUGGUUAAAGUUUACUGUUGUUGCAGACACGUGUUACAUAACCUUAAACACGAGACCGGUUCCCUGCAACAUAGCCUUGCGACAUUGACCCGUUUACAACAUUUCAAUAUCAUGACAAUAUCACCUGCUGUAAUUAGUCAUUAUUUCCUAGAAACUGCUGUGUCACAAUGCAAAAGAAAGAUUUGUAAACAUAGCCAAUACCGGAGUAUUUUUCCCAGUGGGUCGUACUUUAAUUAGCAGCGGAUGUUUUGAAGUUAUCAUUGACUACAACGGAUCCCUGUAAGGUUCAAGUUGUAAUUGGAAGAGCUUAAAAAUACCGUUAAGCAGCAAUUGUAAGUCCAAACGUAAUUCAAACAGUGAUUUUGAAAUCCUGCUACUUAUAAUUAAGCUUUGUUGUUGAAGAAACGUGUAGUAUAACUGUUUAUGAACUUGACUUAAGAGCUCUCGCUCUUAAAUGGAGGAGUUAACUUCCUUGGAAUGGUAGUCAUUUUCAACCACAAGAUGUCGGUAACGUUUUUUAAAUAGCCAAAACGUGUCUUCGUAUCAACUUAAUUCUAAACAUAAUGGGCUGGUUUUGUUAUUGAAGACUGUUUUAAGGCAUUAAUAAUAUUUCCUCACUUGUCGUCUGUUGCUUCGGAUAGCAAGGAUAAACGUGGGUUGAAACUUUAAAAAAAAUGUGCCAAUUUUUUCAAGUUUUAAUGCUAAGCCUCAAGUCACCAAAAAGUUUUAUGGUUAGUGCUGCAGGAUUUAUUUAAUAUUCUUUUCAUAACUUUACCGGAUCAUUUUGUGUACUGUUGGUGAAGACACUAAUUAAUGACUGAAACCCAAAAAUUGUUAACCUGAAACAGCAAUAUCCAUAUGACAAAGCCCCUUUGAACCACUUGAAGCACCUGUGAUCCCACGAUGAUUUUUUUUAAUGUGGUAUUUGUGGUUUGUGCUAUAAAGUUGAAAGGAUUUUAUGCCGCUUGCGAAGUCAUGCAAAGAAUCUUCUGUUAUAUUGAUAAAGGGAACAAACGGCAAAUUGUUGUUGCCCGAAAUAUCUAUAGGUCGUAGUGAUUCGCGGUGAUUCGUGUAUUAUCAGGAGUUUUUAAACCUGAUAAUAGACGACUGCAAUUUUUUUGAGUGGCUUCAAAAUCUCCCAUAUAGAUCAACUCAUUCUUGCACUAAUAUUUAGAUUUGGGGUUAUUUUGGUCCAAAGAAUUGGACGUCAAGAUUAGCCGUGUCUUUAUUAGAUAUAAAGACACUCAUUUAACAUUAAGACGGAAUCCAUUAGGAAACUGAGUAAUUUUAAUUUUCAGUGGACAAAAACCUUGUACCAGAAUAUUUUAAGCCAUAUCGCAUUUUUAUUUACACUUUUCAAGGGUUAUAGAUGUAAUUAGUUAUCUGUAAUAACACCAAAGACAUCUUACAGGAGCCCAAGAAAAUAAAUUUCAAAUUUCACAGGAGUUGAGAAAACACAGGUAAAAUAAUCUAAAAUCGUCAUGCGCAAGAUUUCAUUUUGUGAGAAUUUGAGGCUUUUGAAGUUUGUUUCCUCGGGCUGCUAUAACAACCUUUUCUUCGGAGUUAUUUCAUACAACUUAUUACAUCUUAAGCCCUUGAAAAGUGUGAAAAAAAUGCAAUAUGCUUGAAAUUAUUCUGGUACAAGGUUUUUGUUCAUUGAAAAUUAAAAUUACUCAAUUUCCUGAUGAAUUUUGUCGCAAUUUCUUUUGUUAUUUCUUCAUGAAUUAUUAAUGAGUUUUUGAAGAGUACCUAACCAUUUUACUGCCAGAUUGAAUAAAGGAGUCUGGUCAAAGGAUUCUUUUGUAAUUUUUGAGUUUGUGGACCAAAUCGUAUGGUGUAACCGUUAAAGGCCAAAAAGUAUUCAGGUUAAAAUUUUUUAACCUGGGUUGAUUAUCAACUUCCUUCGUCUCCUAGUCUCAAUAUUUUUUAAUAAAAAGGCUAGAAGACAGAGGAAAUAGGCCAUUUGCAUAAUAGCGUCCUUUUACUUCCACGACCAGAAUACGUUUUGUUUUUCCUCUCAUAUUUAAAUUUGGAAAUCCCAGUGAGGUUUAAAUAAUAAAAGUCCUAAUUUGCACAAGAAAGCAAAACCCCGAAGGAUUCUGGUCGUAGUAGUAAAAUGACGUCAUCGUGCAAAUGGUCUGAAGGGUGUUUUCACUCACGUGGCCAGCAUCUAUGCAAAUUUAUUGGAACAAAAGAAAGCAUUUACAUAAGAAGAGAGUUCAACUCCCACAGGACUGGUUUGGGACACCAACAUGGCCGCCGAUUCAUUGUUUUGGGACACCAAUAUGGCCUCCGUGACGUCAUAUAAAAACACUCUAUUGAGAAUCAACCUACAUUAAAAAUUUUAACCUUCACUUAUUUUUGACCUGCAACAUAACCAUUCAGAUAAAACCUCUUUGGCAGUGUUUUUACUUGGUACUAUUUGUUUUUUCAGAAUUGUAGAAAGUGGAAAUUUGGACAUUUUAUGAAUUUUGAGUUUAGCCUCUGAAGGGUCUCUUCAGGCUUCUUACGGGAUUCACUGCUUGCGUACACUAAUUCCAUGGAUACGUGUCGGACGUUGUUUUGUUUUCUUUUGUUUGUUGGUCAUGACCUACAGUUUAAGCUACAGCUUACUACCGCUUUAAUAACUGCAGAAUUUUUAUUUUCACAGAUCUUCAUCUAUGGAUUCUCUCCUUGAGACACACUCUCCAACGCGAUUUAACGAGCCGUCGACACAGAAGAGAGACUCGGCGUUAGAUAGUUCUGCAAAAACUUUCGAUUCGUCAGCGCAGAAGCGAGAUUUCUUGCCAGAAAAUCGCCCGUCAACAAAAUAUAGCGCUAUGUCAACGGACAGUCGCGAGUCCUUAGAGGAGAGUCGUCCGAGAUUGCCGCCUCCCAAUGACAAAACACCACCGAAAAAUUGGGAAACAAAUGAUAACUUUUUUCGAAGCAAAUCUAACGAGCAGUUCAGGCCACCGUCAAGGAAUACACCGAGUGCUGCAACAGACAGUACAGGAACCAGAGAACAUGUGGUUGAAAAUCUCUCUUCGACUACACGUGUUGAAAAACAGCACGUUCCAGCGGAGCCUUUAAGGAAAAUCAAAGUCUAUGUUCCAGCCGAACAAAAAGUUAACCCAGACAAAUUUUCCUCUCGAAAUGAAACAUCGCCAGUAUCAAAUCCCGACUCUGACUUUGAGCGAAAGCCAGUGGAGCCUGAAUUACCACCGCCUUUCACUAAUGACGACAGCAAUGUCUUCUGGGAUGCUGACGAUUCUCUUCCGCCCCCACCUCCCUUAAAUCUUCUUGACCCGCUCGAGACCUCUCAAGAUAGCUUACCCCUGCCCUCACCUCCUCGGGAAGUACUGGUUGAAUUUCCAGAUCCUUACAGCGACUUCAGUUCACAAAGAGAGCACUCGAUUGUAGGUAGCGAUAUUGUCCAACGCGAGGAAGUUGAUUGGGUCGAAUCCGCCGCUGAAAGUGGCGAAAAGCUUAAAGUCGAACUAAACGGGUCAGGUAAAAUCGACACGAGUGAUAUCUCCGAACAAGCCUUGGAGACGACCACAAGUACGGAUUUGUCAUUCGCCGACACCUCCCCUGCAGAAAACAAAACCAGUACCCAUAGGGCACCUCCGCCAGCUCCGCUCGUAAUAACUUCGACACCUACCAGAGAUGACCUGGAAGAGACGGAUAACCCUCUUGAUUCGAGCCCCUACAGUUUAGGCUCCAGCACGUCCACUCCAUCGGGAAGUCGUCCUAACAGCAUGUUGAGUCCCAAACUUGAGGCUUUGGAUAAGGAAAAGGUGAGUUAAAUUUCUAUGAACUAGUGAGCAACAUUGCGUUACAAUUCAAGAACGUAAUGUAUUGGGCGCUUUCCACUCAUCAAAAAUUCUUGGUUUGAAAUUUCAAUGGAACGGUACAUUCCGGUUUCACCGGCCCGACCCAAGCCACCUGCACGUUUGGUUAUUGUUCUUGCAAGCAGGAUACAAAAGAGCGGUACUAGGGGCAACAAUUUUGUCAAAUGGAAAGGGAUGUUUCGAUCCGACCGACCGACCGAAAUGAAUGGACCACCUUCAAAUAAAAGGUGGUCCCAAAUAUUCAGAUCGGACUGAACCGAAAUGAUCCCAGGGUUCUACCUAGGAUUUGUCGUUUGGGGGAGAAGUCCCGAGUGGCCACGAGUUUCCUUGUGGGAUCCGUGGGCAUUCCCCCCCUCGGAAAUUUUUUGAAAUGAAUAUGCGCUGAGAUGCGAUCUGGUGCAUUUUGAAACACAAUUUUGAGAAAUGUUGCAGCGGUAUUUUAUUUUAUUUUUUAGUCAUGAUCAUGUUCCUUGUCAUAUAGUGUUCUUAGAUAGGGAAUACUUACUUCAUGUGCGCUAAUCCGGUCGCGUCUGGAUGAUUUUUCCAAUAUAGUUACUUAUAUACUGUAAUGAGAACAAUUUAUUUGGGGGGAAAGCUGGGCAUUUUGGGGGUGGAAGGUUCUACCCCUGAAAUACUUUGCGUAGAACGCUGGGUCCGUUCCAUUUGAUUUCUAACCGAAAUUUCCGGAAUUUUUGGCUGAAUGGAAACCUCCUGUUGCCUCUUAAUAGACCUUACUCCACGAUACGCGCCAUCUCUGCACACUCUUUACGACCAAUGGGGAAAAACCAUGUCACGUGGUUUCUCAGGCGGUAUAAAACAGAUGAUAGAAGCUGACAAUCGCCUUUGACUUUGUUGAUUCCCCUAAAAUUGUCCAGUUUCGAAUUAAAAAUUACUGCGGAAUACAAUCAUUAACGACACAUUCAUACAGGGUUACCCCCGACAUAGAGUAAAAUAUUAAAAAGUUCCGGCAAGUAUGUGUUUGAAAUUUGUGAAUACACAAUAGAAAGAGUAAUAAAUAGGUCUUAUUCUCGUUGGAAUUUGUGAAUAUGUUGAUGGAAGCUAUGCCGGUAACAAAAGCGUGUUCACUGCUCUAUUCAGCGGUCAUAGCGAAAUCGAAACUGGACAAAACGACAGUGAUUGAUUAGAGCCGAAACUAAUUGUGGAAUUACACAUAUUUUAGACAUUCUACUGAUGAACAGUGACGACAUGUAGCAACACCAAUUUGUCAUCUCUCCUCUUUGAAUGGAAUAUCUGUAAGUUGCAAGCUCAAAGUUUAUGACAAAUAUUUUUGUUUAUCCUCAGAGUGUCCUCAUAGAUAGCAUGAAACAAAAGAUAGUGGAUCUUAGAUCACAAAUGGACGAAAUUAAAGACGAAAUCAACGGCAACGAGGAGCUUGGUGAAAAAGUGACCAAGGUUGUAGAAAAAAAGGCGAGUCCGGCGGAAUUCUCAAAGUACCAAUUGUUUACCGGCGAGCUGAAUAAGAUUAUUGGACUGUUGUUGAUUCUGACGCAGAGAAUGCACAGAUAUGAAAUGAUGCUGAAUGAUUUGGACAUGUCCGAAGAAGCAGAUAGGCAACAAAAGGUGAGAAAUCUU